AUGAUCGCCUGGUCGUCCGCAUAUGUAUACCUUUCACUGCGCGAGGGUUCGGCUCAGAACGACAGGCAGCAGAUGGCCACCACAUCGGAGCGAGAGUGCUCGUUCGGACUCAGGGUCACCACGCCCUCCCGUCUGCACUGGCGAUGUGAAGAGCAAAAUAUCCUGCCCCUCGGGUGGCCGCGUGCCACAGUUGCGGGUCAUUCGCAUUACUCUGAAGGUCCUUCUAUCAUUCUGCGAAGCUCUCGAACCGCAAAAGCCAGCUCGUUGAGACCACCGCCGUUCAUCUUCCAUGGCUACACCCAUGCGACGAAGGCACUUGUUGAGGCCCUCAGACAAGGUGAAGGCGUCAAAGGCCACAACGUGAGGUGGCUGGAGGAGCUCGAUGACCUACACCUGGCUGGACGUCUCAACGGCUGGUUCGAGCCAUUAAGGCCUCAAUAUCCUGGGUUUAACGCCUGGCUCCCAUUCCUCGACAACAAUCGCCUUAUCGUGAGAGCUAUCAAUGAUCAACUUCAGGUGCACGAUUGA